AUGCUUACUGGGACAAACUUUAAGAUUUUAAAGGAAACCGUAGAAAUUGUCCUCGGUUGUAUGGAUUUGGAUCUUACCUUUCGAUCCGACCGACCCAUUACUACUGAGGCAGAGCCUAAUGAGGCUAAAAUUGAGAAAUUGGACCGGUCGAACCGAAUGUGCAUGAUGAUCAUGAAGCGCUCAAUUCCGGAUGCGUUUCGGGGCUCUGUUGCUGAGAGCAAAACAACUAAAUCUUUCCAUGAAGCCGUUGAGAAAUACUUUGCCAGAAAUGAAAAGACGGAGGCGAGUAGUCUUUUGGCUACACUCGCCUCCAUGCGGUAUAAAGAGGAAAAGAGAGUGCAGAGAGACAAAUCUGAAAAUGUUCAUCUACCCCUUUAUGCUCAUGGCAAGAAAAAGAAGGGACCUAAGAACAAGUGGAAUCAAAAUGUUUCUUCUGCAAGAAGCCGGGGCAUAUGA